GGUGAGAGGCGGAGAAUAAGAGGAGGCACAUUUGGACUAAAAAUGAAAUAAAACCUUAGCACUUUUGGAAUUUGGUGCAUGUCAGGAUGAAGUCACAUGUGCUCAUUGUCUUGGCUGUGCUGCAGGCUCUUGGAUGCUCAGGCUUCCCACUGUAUAGCUCUGAGCUGCAGUCUGCAGCAGAACGAGGCUUGCAAGCAGCAUUAGUAAAAGCAAACUCCGUAUAUGCAGUGGGUCACCUUUACCGGGUCAGCCACGCCUCCAUCGCCAAGGUUGUUCCUGCAGGCCUCGACAGUGUUGACAUGCUGUUAAAAUUUGGCAUUAAACAAACAGUGUGUGCAAAGGGUGCAGGAGAAGACCCACAGAGAUGUGCCUUCAAACCUGGUUUCUUUGUGCCCUCAAUCCCCUGCUCCAGCCUCGUGUGACUGUCUGAGACUUCCACACGGGUAGUUUCUCUGCGGUGCGGCUGGGAUAGCAGCUCUAGCUCAGAGUCUAGUGAAGAGGUGUUCUCGAGAGGGAGGCACCAGUUCAACAUCCCAGAUGAAAACAGAGACCCAGUGCCAACUGUACCCCUUCCACCCACCCAGCCUGGUCGCUCUCACCACAGCCACAUUGGGGACGUCCAGCCCAGAGGAGACACUUUCACCAACUGUGGUUUGAAUGUCCAGCUGUUUGUGAAAACCUUUAGGUGCUGAUUACAAAACCAA